CAGAAUUCCCGUAACCGGCAUCUCGUUUCCUUCCUGAAAUCCUUGGUGCACCUCAACCGUUCCCUUGCGCCUCCUUGUUCUCGACCGCGGUUCCGCUCUCCCCUUCUGCCCCUCCCUACCCACGCCCGCCGGGUCAUCUGCCAGCAAUGAGGACCUGGGUCGUCGCUCUCCUGGGCAUGGUUGCCUUCGCGGCCGCACAGGAAUUCGAACAACCCGCUCGUGCCAACUGCGAGGGGGCCCGGGAGUGCCACUAUCCCACCACGCCUCCCACGACCACCACCAGGUAGGAGGGGUUGGCCUUGGCUAGCUGGCUCGUGCCCAGCUGGAUGCUGUGGGUGUUGUGUGUGUGUGUGUGUCGACGUAGCACGACGAGUACUACGCCAAUCAUCACUACUACGACUCCGGUGGUGACGACAACGACGACUACGACCACAACCAGUAGGGUGCCUGAGAGAGACACGCGCCCUGGGUGCCUGACGCACUGCUGACUGACACCUGCCUUGGCUGCUGUGUCUGUGUCUGUGUGCGUGUGUUGCCUGCAGAGAAGCCUCCCAAGCCGACGAAGGCUCCCAAGCAUGACAAAUACGACGGCGACGGGAAGUGCUGCUGGAUGUGCCACCCGUUUGGUACGUCGCAGACCACGGCACGCAACAGCAAGACAGAGAGAGAGACACACAGCCCACGUGUGUCGGGUGCGUUGCUUGCGCUGUGGUGUCCCUCAGACCUCUUCUGCUGGGUGCACGAGUGCCUCUGGGACGGGUGCGACCACGAGUGGUUCCACGAUCAUCCUGAUGAGGCACAUGCCGCCGAACUGAAACUCAAGAACUGCUUCGACUUGGGCUUCGACGUCAAACUAGGUCAGGGCGGUCGGAGUAGGGUGGUGGCACACUUGCUCCCACCAUCUUUCUCUCUCUCUCUCUCUCUCUCCCGUGUAUGUGUGUGUGUGUGUGUGUGUGUGCCUUUUUCUCGCCACAGGCCCCAAGGGUAUCUCCAUUGGUCAGUCUCAAUCUCAAUCUUCUGGUGCUGGUGCUGGGCUCCGAGGAGCUCAGAGCGAGGGCCUCCAAAUGUGCAAGGAGAUGGAGAGGAACAUGAACGCGGCCUCCGGCUACUAGAUGGCUCGAUAGAUUGAUUGUCUGUCGGAGGGACACAUCCGGGUGGGUCGUUCAUUCGUUCGUUCGUUGGUACUUCGGCGUAAUUCGUACACAUCGCAUUUUUCGCACAUGCCUGCUGUGGAUGUCAUGAUGUCUGGAUGUCUGUGGGGAUGGAUGUGGGACACACACGCGUGCCCGUGCCCUGAUUGCUUGCAUGCAUGGGAUUGGACGUAGUCCGGUUGUUUUGAUCUGACUUGAGAGUUCGUCAUACACAUGGUAUGACUGUCCGGUGUGUUCGGCGUCUUGUUGUGUUGGUUCAUCUGUCUGUGGAAGGGAGCCAUUCGUGUCGCUAUCGUCCUUGUCCGGUGUCUGUGAUGAUGCAUGCCAUCGAGGGGACAUGGGUACACGGGUGGGUGAUCUGCCGAAGACCAAAGUGUUUCAUUACGUGCACAUGUUCCAUACUCCACGGCUGUACAGCUAACACAUGACAGAACAGUCAGCUCGGCAUUGGCUUUUUCAUUGACUUUUUGUCUGGAUGUCUGGAUCGAUGUGUUGUGGGCGUGUCGUGAAGUGGCUGUCGACCUGUCACUCACUGGUGCGCUCCAACAUGCGAGCGACUGAUUGACGGGUAGGCAGGCACACACGGCAUGACACGCCAUGAGAUGGUGCGUGCAUGUGUCGCUGCCCCAUCUCAUGGGUAGCAUUGCUCCGGGCUUCACUUUCUAAUUUCUUUCACCCACACCUCACGCUCUCAUUAUUCUUUCUCGAGAGAGGGGUCGGGUCUUUCCUUUUGCCUUGGCACCUGACCGUCUUCAAGAGCGCUUUCUUUCUUUCUUUCUGGGCGUCUCGUCCGAUUGUCUUCUGGCACUGUGUCGGUUCACCUUGUCUUGUGCUGUGUUGGGCUGAGCGAAUGGAGAGCCAAGCCAAAGUCGGUAGGUAUUUGUUCGUCUGGGUGCGUGGAGUGGGUGUGCACAUGUGCGCUCGUUCGUUGCCAUGGCGGGCCAUGCAUCAUGCAUGCCUCGGCCGGCCAUGGCAGAGAGCCGGUCGACAUGUACAGACUGAUGACACGCACACGUGGCUGUAGGUAGAGAGACAGAUAGAUGAGUCUAUGCGUCUUUGUGCUGAGUGUCGUGUGUGUGGGGCUGUGGGCGUGUCAGUGAGCUCCGAAAUGGCGAGUCGCUGACGCGUCGACAUCCACACAUGCACACAUUCUUGGUGCACCACUUCCUGACUGUCUUGUGCAUGGCCUCGCUGUCAAAACACCAGAGAAAGCGCAACGGCCCGAAGCGGGCAAAAUCGUAUGGCAAGUGCAUGUAUGCAUGCAGCUUUGGUUGAGUGUUGGUUGAGUGUUGGUGCCGUCCAUCCAUCCAUUCGUUCAUUCAUUGAUGGGUUCUGCUUGUGUGUGUGUGUGUGUGGGACCGAUGGAGCCAAUGCAUGGCAUUCAUUAACUGACAGUCAAUGAUUCAC